AUGGAGCUUGACUGGCAGAGUCCACCGAUUCCCAUCAUACACAGGUCGCGCGAAUGGCAGUCGUCCCAGGAUAGUGCAGGUUCUUCUGGUGCCGCUUCUACGUCUGCCUUCAUCACACGGCGUCGCUCGACCGUCCUGCACGCCCCGCCCCCAGGGCCUCCGCCGGCUUUACCGAUACCCAGCGUCCCAGCUCUAUCGCCGCCCGCCCAGUAUGCGACGUACGAGCGAGCCUCCGAUAUGCACGACUACCAGACCGGUACGAGCUCUCAGACACAUCCGUAUACGCGGCCGGCUGCAUCAGCCAGUUUGGCCGCGGUCGCUGCGUUCUCACAGGCGCGCCUAGCUGCGUCUUCAUCACCGCCGCCGAGUGCGCCAUCUUCUCCAGACCAUCUCUCAGACUCUCCUCCUCGAUCCAUGCUUCGCGCCAGGCAGGCUGCAUCGCCAACUGAGGCUGCGUCGGAUCAGCUGCUGCAACCGGAACCCCACCGUUCUGAAACGCGUCCGUCAUCACGGCGUGCACUGACGCGAGCGUUAGAGCUUGCCCGCGAGGCGGUCCGGCUAGACUCAACCAACGACGACCCAUAUGGCGCCGUGAUUGCAUACGGUCAGAGCGUAGCACUUCUCAGCGAGGUCAUGGAGCGGGUCAUGAGAGGUGAGGAUAGCACAGAAAGUCAUAGAAGGCAGAACGGGCGACGCAGAAGCGUCGUAGCGCAGGAGGAGGAAGUCAGGCGUUUGAAGUCGAUUCACUCUCCUCCCUCUACCUACGCUUCAUCUGUGAUAUCUCAGUCCACAACGUCGACGCGCCCGUCUACGCCCUCAUCCACGUCACCCUCAACAGAAUCCUCCUCCGAUUCGCUGCAUGUUCUCCCGACAUCGAUACGGCGGCGGAGCCGCGAAAAUCUACGCCAUUCGUCUGAGACGGCGCGAGGCGACGACGAGGACGCUGAGCUGGAUGCUGCUGAAGCGAUGGGCGCUGCGCUGUCCACAUCGACCAUUCUUCCAUCUGCUGGUCGACAGCCGUCUGCGACACCUAUCACUACUGUGCAUCCGUAUGCGUCGACAAGUGCGACCCCAGGUGUAGCGGUCAGCCUGCCAAAUCGGACGUCUGCCGCCCCUGCUGUGCGACUUGGGCGACCCCGGGCAUCGUCAACCCUGCCUCCACCCGCGCCUCCACCAACGACUCUGCCACCUCCCGCGCCUAGUCCGACUGUACCGGAUAUCCCCGUUCCAGUGCAGUCAAACACGCUAAGAAUACCAAUCCCCGACACUGCACGGGGGCGAGGCAGCUCAGUCAGCCACUCACGGACAAACUCUGCGAGUAGGCUGGCGUCGCUGCAGGAAGAGAAGUCUGAGGAUCUGUUGUCCCCAACAAAUGAAAUUGUUCCGGGCCCGCGGUACGGGGACGAUGGUGGCCGGUCGAAGCCAAGGUCUCAGCCGAACUUCGACUCUGUGCGACCUUCGCCGCCGUUGCCGCCAUUGCCAUCUUCUGCGGAUUCAGCGAUCACUCCUCGUGUCAGCUCAUCUCUGUCCAGGACAGCGUCCGAGCCGGCGACUCAGUCUGCUGGUCAGUAUGCGUCGCAGAGACCACGCGGCGGCUCGACGUUCUCGACGCGCUCUGAGAUGGGGCCCCCGGCCAGCCGGUCACCGUUGAUCAACACGUCCCCUGUGAACGGCACCAUCUCUCAGCGACGGGUCAAGAUGUCGGCUCCUGCCUCCUCGACCAUGGCGUCCUCGCCAACAGAGUCAAACACCUCAGAUGCGUCUAUCCCUAGCAUGAGCAGGCUGAAUGCAUCCACAUUGCCGGCGAGCACGGUAUCGAGUCUGGGCAUCAACUCGCGCAGCAGAGCAUCGUCACAGCCUGGCCGAAGACCAUCAAUAGGAGCCAGUAAUUCGUAUUUCCCUCCUGGCGCAACUGCCAUGCCCAACAGCGCUCCCGUGCCCAGGAAGGCGUCUGUUCCCUCUCGUCUCAACCCGAAUGCACCUCCGCAUAUAUCUAUUAACACGGCGUUAAUGUCACCUCCGUUAGGGACAGCGUCCAUGGCGCCGCUCGUGCCGCCUCCGCCAAUACCCCACGGCAACAUCCCGGCGGCGCCAUUGUCCCCGCUACCGGCCCUCGCGCCGCCAGACCCCCUGCGCAAGCCAUACCACAUGAUGACGCUCCUGCGGCUGACGAUGACCUCCAAGACGGGCGGGUACAUCACGCGGCGGCUGCACGUCCCGCAGGAGGUGUGGUCGCAGGGCGGCGUGAAGCUGAGCAACGUGCCCGAAAAGAUCCGCGUCGUCGAGGUGCUGCUCACCGCGCUCGAGGAGGUGCAGCACUGGAGCGCGGAGUACUUCGGCGCGGGGAACGUGAGCAGCGGGAUGGCGCUGGGCAUCGGGAGCAUCGGGCGGCGCGAGGGCGAGGCGUGGGCGGCGAAGCUGGAGGAGUUUGUGGGCGUGUGCGACAGCGUCGUGGGCAACUUUGGCAAGAAGCUGAGUGUCGGCGAGGGCUUCGUGACCAAAAAGAGCAGCGGGGUGGCAACGUGGGGCGGGAGGCUCACUCGCCAGUUCGACAAGAUCACCAACGGGAAAAACCUCGACUCUCCUGCGACGUACGUCCAGGGGCUGUCCCGGCUUUUCCAGCAGGCGCAGAUCCUGGACGAGCACACCAAGGCGGCGAUGUCGACGCCUCCUGCCCCCCUCUACGCGGCCUUCCCGGCGGACGUCCGACAAGCGAUCGAGUUCAAGCUGCGACACGCGUCGGAGUUCUUCGCGCGGGUCGUGCUGACCUUCGUGAUCCAGGACAUGGCCCUGCUGCUCGACAAAUACGUGAAGAAGUGCGAGAAGUGGCUCGCCGAAUGA